AUGCCUUAUCGCGCUGGGGUGACGGCGACGGCGGGUGCCGUGCCCUCCACGGACCUCGCCGCCGCCGGCGCCGCCGCGUCGCCGUCAUCCUACUGGUGCCAUCGCUGCACCCGAUUCGUCAGGGUCUCCGCGCAGGAUCCUUUCUCGUGCGCUGACUGCGCGACGGGAUUCCUGGAGGAGGUCGACGCGUCGUCGGGUCCAGGCGGCGAGUUCAGGCGGCGCCGGUCGCCGCCGCGGCCGCGGCCGCCCGUCACGAUGUCGAUCCUCAGCGCCGCCGCUUCCCGCCGCCUGACCCGCCAUUCCGACAUGGACCUCCGCCGCUUCAGACACGCUGCCGCUUGGGACAGAUCCCCCUUCAACCCGAUCAUCGUCCUCCGCGGCCAAUCCGGCGGCGCUGGAAUCUUCGAGUACUACUACGACGACGGCGCGGGGUCGGGCUUGAGGCCCUUGCCGGCGAGCAUGUCCGAUUUUCUGAUGGGCUCCGGCGUUGACCGCCUGCUGGAGCAGCUGGCCCAGUUGGACUUGACCGGCGGCGGCAGAGCUCGAGGAUGUGAGAACCCUCCGGCGUCCACCGCGGCCAUUGACUCCAUGCCGACGAUCGAGAUCGCUGAAUCCCAUCUCUGUAUGGAAGCUCACUGCGCCGUCUGCAAGGAGCCCUUCGAACUAGGGCUUGAAGCUCGGGAGAUGCCCUGCAGGCACAUCUACCACCAUGACUGCAUCUUGCCGUGGCUGUCGCUGAGGAAUUCCUGCCCUGUUUGCCGCCACGAGAUGCCCGCCGGCGAGGAGAGAACUCUGCAGGAAUCCGACGCCGACGAGAGCAGUGCGGUGGGGCUCACGAUUUGGAGGCUUCCCGGCGGCGGCUUCGCCGUGGGCAGAUUCUCCGGCGGGAGGAGCGCCGGCGAGACGGGCCUUCCCGGGGUUUUUACGGAGAUGGACGGCGGGUUCAACGCAGGCGGCGGCGCCGCGCAGAGCAGGAUGCCAUCGAACUGGAGAAGCGGCCGGUCGAGAGCAAGCAGAGGGAUUGGGAAUGCGUUCCGCAAUCUCUUGUUCCUGCUUGGGCUUCGCCGGCGAUCAUCCUCUUCGUCUUCUUCGUUCGGUUGGAUCGACAGGAGGCCCGGCAACCACAGUUCGAUCCCGGAGCCUGCAAAUCCCGCUGGGAUCUCCGGACGGUAA